CAACGUGUUGCUCUCAAUUCAAGAAUGCAGACGAUGCGCCUUCAAGCGUUCAAGCCGGCCUGUGUAGGCCGUCAGCCGCGUCUGGUGGUUGUAAACUCUGCUAUCGCUCCGCCUGCGACCAUCCCCUACAAGGCCGCUGACGGCAGUGAGAAGGGCAAUCAGCAGUUGGCACUUAAGGUGGCGGAGGAGUCUGCAAAGGGCCUUGUCCACCGCUACUUGGUUCUGGUCCAGCAGAAUGCACGCCAGGGCACGGCCAGCACAAAGACGCGGUCGGAGGUGCGCGGUGGUGGCAAGAAGCCCUACGCUCAGAAGGGCACUGGUAACGCUCGUCGUGGUAGCAGCGUAUCCCCGCUCUUCCCAGGUGGUGGUGUCACCUUUGGCCCAAAGCCCAAGGACUGGAAAAUCAGCAUGAACAAGAAGGAGAAGCGCCUGGCGCUGGCGACGGCUCUGCAGAGCGCGGCCGCUGAUAUGAUUGUCGUGGAGAGCCUUGACGGCAAGCUGAAGGAGACGAAGACGAAGGAAAUGGUUGCGCUGCUGGAGAAGCUGGGUGCCGAUGUGAUGUCGCGCAAGGUGCUCCUAAUCACCAAGGACGCCCGCCCAGAUCUGCACCUGGCGGGCCGCAACAUCGCCAAGCUGACCUUCAACACCGCCAGCUCGCUCAACGUGCUUGACAUCCUCCACGCCGAUCACAUUAUUGUGGAGGACGAGGCUCUCGCGCACAUUCAGGCGACGCUGGGCGGCUCGGCCAAGGCAAGCGACGAGUAAAGGUCCUGGUCUCCUGGUCCUGGAGAGUGAGGAGGGCGUGGGGUGAGGUGGUGGCUUGAGAAGGGUAGGAGGCCAGCUCGGGCGCUGUGGUGUGCGAGAUGCGAAAAGGAGGAGGUGCUUGCGGCAGCAGUGGCGACGGCACGCAUGGGAACGCAGCAUGCGGCGCACGAGAACCGUUUCGGGGAGGAGAGCCGUCUUCGUUUGAUUUAAGAGUGUUGCAGCAGCUGCGUUGGCAGCGAUAAAAUGGCGGUGAUGCAACGGUAGCAGCAGCAGCAGGGGCGUGGAGUACUUCAGCGCUCAUCAGGACACGACGGAGACGGGCCGUGAUGACCAAGCCUUCUCUCUCUGCAGAAGGGAAACUGACGGAGAACGGUUGCCGCCGCCGGAACGAGUGCCGCCGCUGCCCUCGUGAUGACGAUGUCGUAUCAAGAACAUGGACUGCGGGCGCGAGUGCGUGCAUUAAACAGACGGGUUUACACUGUUCCGCUGGAGUCCAGCUCCAACGUUGUAGCAGUGGUGCUGUGGCGCUGGCAAUGAGAGAGCAGCGGUAGCUGUGGCUUAAAUCAUCGGAGCCUUGCACGGGCACCCUCUUAUGGGGGGAUGAAGUGGCCUUUGCCUGUCUUGCAGCAGUAUCCGCGCCGUAGGACAUGUUGGGGCAGCGGCAUAGGAGCGGCGCCAGUUGGGGUAUUUCCUAGCGGUUUUGACUUUUGGCGGUUUUGAUGAGCGUACGCGUUUCUCGAGGUACUUGGGAAGGUCAGGACGGACAAAGACGGGGAAGGAGACGGACGGAAAUAUAAGCAAGACCGGGGCCGCUGUGGGGCUCGGCCUUGGUGAUGUGGAAAUCUCGGCGUAUCCAAAGUCUGGUUCUUGGGGUUCCUAUGCAAGGACACGCACAGGCAGGCAUACAGACAGACAGAGGCACUCGUCUGGACGUGUCUGUAUGGACGAUACACGGUUCCUAUUCUGGCUUGUUAGGCAGCGAUUUUGGCUUUUCAGCUGCCUCCGAAGCUUCACUUUACGUGUACGGGUUUGUAAGUCUGUAUGUCACACGCUGUGCAAUGAAGUGCUUUUGCUUGUGUAACAAGAGGCCCAGG